CCAUAAAUAUGCUUUGUCAGGCCUGUUGUCCGUUAAAUUGACUGGCACUAAAAUGGGAGGGUUUUUCCAAAUGGUGUUGAUCCUACGCUUGUAUGGUUGGCACAGGCUGUCUGUAAAUUUGCAGAUAGUAGAAAUGCGGAUAGGAGGAGGCCCGACCUUUAAUGCUGUUAUAGAGAUUAUAAACAGUUUAUGAAUCGGUUAUAAAUCAUAAAUAGGGCAGAUGGGGUUUCUAAAUGCCUUUUUGAAAUAGACUUGUACAGCCAAGGCGUGCCCUAGGUGCAUAAGACCGAUACUAUUGGGCGGUGUUUUUUAAAGCUGCUUUGUGAUUGGUCAGAAAGGUCGGGACAGCCUGUCCGUAACGCUGAUUGGCAGUGAGAGGGGCGGGCUUUGCGGGCGCAGUCUGCCAGGCGCGGCUCGCUGCACCGGAGCGCUGGCGUCCCGCACUUGGUUCGGUCUUCCUUUGUGUGCGGAGCAGCUGCAGAAUCUGGUUCACAUUUGAACGCGGAGGGGGUUUGGAAGGGACCAUUUUCAUGGCCCGUCUGUUUCACAGAGCACAGCGCCUACAGAGGUUCCCAGGAUGGUUCUAGUGCAUGUCGGAUAUCUGGUUCUUCCCGUGUUUGGCUCGGUGAGAAAUAGAGGGGCUCAUUUCAACAGGCAACAUCAACAUGGUCAUGCUACCUCCUGCCGGCACUUCCACCUUAAUGCCCCAGCCCAGAUGUCCACAGAUUUCCCCCUGGCCCAUACAGGCCAGCCUCAGCCGGGCCUGACGCCCACACACCAGCCCCCCGCACAGCUCCAGCCUCCCGUCGCCCUGGCCGGCCCCCAGUUCCAGGACCUCUCGGGGCCUCACUUCCUACCUCAGGCCUUGCACCAGCAGUACCUCAUUCAGCAGCAGCUCCUGGAAGCUCAGCACCGGCGGAUUCUUCCACACCCCAGACGCACGCAGGAGCGAGUCCCCCUUCAGCCCCACUGGCUGCGAUCCGGGUACGACUACAGCACCUCCCUUCAUAUACCCCAGCCAGUGCUGCAGCAGCCCCGCUAUCUGGCCGAAGGCACAGACUGGGACCUGAGUGUGGACACAGGCCUUUCGCAUCCACAGUACCACCUGCGGCAGCUUCCUCAGCACUAUCAGCAUUACUUGGCAUCUCCCAGAAUGCACCACUUUCCCAGAAACCCCUCCUCAGCACAAGUGGUGGUCCAUGAGAUCAGACAUUACCCGUACCCCCAGCUGCACCUCCUGGCGCUGCAGGGCCUGAACUCCUCACGACAUGGCCCCGCUGUCCGGGAAAGCUAUGAGGAGCUCCUGCAGCUGGAAGACAGGCUUGGGAGUAUGAAUCGCGGAGCAGCACAGAGCACCAUAGAGAGAUUCACCAUCCCUCACAAGUACAAGAAGAGAAGACUCCAGGAACUGAAAAUAGACAUGGAGGAGGAAGACCUGGACAUAGAUGAAAAAUGCACCAUCUGUCUGUCAAUGCUAGAGGAUGGAGAAGAUGUCAGGAGGUUACCUUGCAUGCACCUCUUCCACCAAGCCUGUGUGGACCAAUGGCUGGCCACAAGCAGGAAGUGCCCCAUCUGCCGGGUAGACAUCGAGACCCAGCUGAUGCCUGAUAGCUGAGGCCCGUGUCAGCCUGGACGCGGGCCCACCGGACCCUCCCCGUCCCUCGGACGCUUUGCCAAACGCCUCCAGUCCUCACCACUUCUGACCCUGCCUUCUGAGCCAAUCAAAUAAUAGAAGCUGAAAUAAAAUUAAAAAAAAAAAGCACACAUCAUAGCAAGCGCGAAGAAACACUUGGAAAGGUGGAUGGUUGUCAGGUACCAAGGGUGUUGGUGAGAUGGUUGAGGGGUGGAGCCCAGACAGUUCAAGCAGAAGUAGGUUGAUAUGCUUCACACAGCUAUUUCAUGAUAAAGGUACUAUACAUGGAAUCCAAAGCAUGCAGUCCCAAGUCUGUGUAGGAUGCAAUCAUGCACCUCACAGAUUUCCUGAGCUUCUCCUAGAGAAGAUAAACGAAAAAGCUGGUUGCCUGCAUUGAUUGACUAGUCUUAGUGGUUUUGACAUCGUUGUUUUGUUGCUUCGGGUGAAUAUAUGAUGCCUCUGGAUUUCAUGAUUGCUUCUUCUAGUGGAAUCGCGACAGCUUAUGCCUUUGUGUGUUUUGAACCGUCUUGGACAAAAAUAUAUGUAUUUAUGGUGGAGUGAUAACAACAGGACAGGGGUGUGAGAGUGAGGACAUGGUAGGGGGUUUGUACUGGAACUCGAGGCAUGAUGAGGGGGAGAAGAGGGUGGGUGAAAUGGCCUGUAGUGUGCAGCUAAAAGCCAAGAUGAGCUCUUCAUCCUCAGAUAGAUGAGGGGAGCUUUCCGCUUUUAUUCGGUUGAUGGGGUACCUGUGGAAAGACCGGUGGCAACAGAAGGGCUAGCCAUGACUCAGGUCAAUGGCACCUAUCUCGUGCAGGAAUGCAGGGAUGCAGGAAUGCAGGGAUGCAGAUUACCCUGGGUUGUUCUGUGAGCUGGGACACUCAGCGUGGUUUUUUUCUGUGAACCGGUAAGAUGAGAAGAAUAUCGCUUCCGUCACCCAUAGUGAUCAGUGGCCUGUCUCCAUCCCAUCGCCGCAGAGUCCGCAAGCAGAGACGUGUCGUAAAGUCAAACUCCUUCUUUUUAAAUGCAUGUGGUACGUUCGUGAAGAGCUCCCAUUGUUCGCCUCGUUCUAUCUGUUUCAAAAUAAAAACAACUACUUUAGAAAAGGAGACAGCCUAGUGUUGGGCAUAUUAUGGGGUGCCCAGUUGCCCCAGAUGUUGCCCUGCCGUCUUGGUAGAGAGCCACGUGACUCGGUGAUGAAAACAACAUCUUAGAUCAGUGCAUGAAGAGUAUGAGUGCACUUGAAGUGAGGAGAAAAAGCCAUCAGUGAUUUUUUUUUUUGGUGUGUUGACAAGCCAGUGUGUCUCGUGUUGGUAUGUCUGAGGUUUCGGUCUAUUUUUGCUCUUUUUCUGCCUUUUCUUUCCCCGUCCAUCUGAUGUGUCGAGCGGACCAUAAACGUAAAUAUGACCGGCAGUGGACCCACACUCGCAAAAGGUAGCUGUUUGUUUUGAUGGACUAACAAAAUUUCACCAUAAGACAAAUCUAACAUUACGCCAUCUUUCUGCUUUUUUGGAGAAGUAAGCAUGCGGGUCAUAUUUACAUUUCUGGCUGACGACCCAUCACUGCACUGGACAAUGUGUGUGUGUGCAUAUGUGUGUGUAUCUCGCUUAUUUUGCUGUCAGGAAAAUCGGACAUGGAACCAGUGAAGCAGCACCGCGUCCCUCUUUUAACCGAUAUCUGUAACAGCCGCUAAGCUGCUAUUUUAUUUGUUAUUAUUUUUCAUGUAAGUUAUUAGUAAAUGCACUAUGCGCAUGUAACUUAAUUGCCUCAAUUAGUAGUGAGCCAAAGGUGAUUUCCUUAAGCCUGCUUGUGAGACGGUUACCUGCAGGCCCGUCGCUGUUCACAAUCAGCACUCUCUGGCUAGAUAAUGUCUCUUCAUAUUUCAAUCCGCACAAAAACAAUAAGACACAUUAAAAAUAGAUUCUCUACGCCAGAUAUCUUGGGGCCCCUACUGGCAAAAGAAAGAAAAAAAGCUAACUUUUUAUUUAAAAAGCCUAAGAGAAUUUGGAAAAUAGGGACCGAGAGGGAAAAUGGCUGCCGCCCUUUACAGCGUUCCAGCUCCCAGCAUGCUUGUAGACUGAGCGGUCUAACGAUGCACCUGCAAUCUGUAUGGUGACAACAUAAUGAGCCAGAAGCAGAGAACGGCCUCGCGAGAACUGCAUGGCCGUGUGGCACAAGGCAGUACAGGCAAAUACUGGUUUUAUUUCCUUUCAUUAGUGUUUGGCUUUUAGGCUUUCCUAUGCUGCCUCCAUGGGCUGCUGUGCAGUGGCUAACAUGCAGCUUUCUUCUAUCCGCCGCCAUGUGUGCUGAGCUCUGGAGUGGUGAGCAGGUUUCAUCAUGAAAUGAACCAAAAAAGAAUCCAAAGACAACCACUGGUGAGCCAUUCUGGGGUAGCGCCAUGUGACUGGGAGCUCUUUCGUCUCACAGAACAGGCCUAGUUCUCUGCUUCGCAUUUCAUUAUCAGCCUGAGGCUAAACGGCCAGUGACAUUUCAGUGACGUCACUGUCCAGGCUUUAGCAGAAGUGCAAUAUCCCGAAAAGGCUUUUCCUUAAAUUACUUUGCAUGUGCUGAGUGGAUGCCUCCGUGAAGGGAAACCGCACGCUCUUUGUGACUCACUUUUCAGUGCCCAGUAUUCGGAUGUUAAUGCCAGACUGAAAUCUCCAGCAUACUGGUUUUUAAGUCCAGUUAUUUAUCCACAACACCAGAGUCCAGUCCCAUUGUGGAAUGAGGGUUCUAAUGAAAGGUACUCGGUCCAUGUUUCCUUCUCUGUUGGAGUAUUUGAUAGUUUACAUAGGCUGUUGUGAGUUAACUUGCCUUAAGUGUUUAACAAUCAUAAUUUAUUCCUAACUGUAGAUAUUGUAGGUACGCAUUCAACUCUACUGGCAGUUUCAAUGAAAUUCUUUAUAUAUAAACAAGACAAGCAAAUGAAAAUCACCUUAUUUUUGCAAUGCUUAAUGGGAAUGCUUUGCAUGCAUUUAUAGUUUUUCUGAGGAAAAAAAAAAAACAAAAAUGUCUGAAAAUGUUUUAAUUUACCUGAUCAGGGUGUGUUGAACAUGGUAUCGUGGUGCUGUUAAUCUUACAUUCCGUUAAACGCAAUUUUUUCAAUCCUUUAUGCUGUAACCUAGUGGGCAAACUGCAAUAGGGUGAGAUGGGUUUAGCUGCGCUGCAUCACUUCCUGUUUUGCACUCUUAGCAAAGCAUGGCAGCCCUCCCGCUGGCAUAUUCACAAUGUUAUUUCAGUAUCGUGUUAGUCUGCGGUUUAUCAUGCACUUCUCUGAUUUUUCACCACUAAGGAAUUUUAGACUCUCACUACCUAGUUUUGUAUUGCUUUUGGUGUAGAUUUGGAGUCACUGAGACACUCAGCUACAAAACUGAAACACUACACACCUAGAAAAACAGCGGAUAGCUUAUCCCACGGCCUACAGGGUCCUCACUGCCGAACUGGGCUGGCUGUAAGUGCCUCAUCGCAAAACGGAAAAACGACGUGAAUCUCCAGUCUGUUUUAACUAAUCUGGGCAGGCUUCCCUCUAACGGCUUGCAUAAUCUGAAAUGGUCUUAAAAGAGGUCAUUAAUUCAAUAUUUGUGCAAUAGUACUUUUAGUAUUUUAGAUAUAAUGUUUUAUUGUCAAAAGAAAAUCCUGACUCUGUCAGCUCACUGAGUUCAGUCUCUUUAUCACUGGGCAAUCGAAUCUCCUUCAGCAUUUGUCAGCUAAUUUUUAAAUGGAUCAGUAUUUCGGGCUGUAUGUCUUGCUUGGAUGUUUACAAAUUAUGUGAAACAACAUAUUUUAAUCUUUAAACUGCCUCUCACUCCUCUCAGGCUGAUGGAACAACAUAAUCCAGCAAGUGAUGGAGUUCAGUUGGUCCAGGAAAACAUUUUAAAAAAUGAAAAGAAAAAAAAAAAAAUCUUUAAUGAUUGACGGAGGGAACUUUUAUUGAGCUCAAUGACAUGUUGUCACUGAAGUUAGUUACUGUCAUGCGUGUGUAUUAAUGAAGCAAAGCUGGCCUUUGGAGAACUCAGCUAGUAUCUUCAGACACAUCGGUGAGUGAGGGGACUCUCUAGGUCAGUCAGACAGGAAGCAGAACUCUAGUACCGGAAACUACCUUACGCUAUUAGCAAAAUGUCACCGGCAAGUCCCUGAUAUUGAAUAAUGAUGUGAAAUGAAGUUCUUAGCGUGACACAUUGAUAACCACUGUGCUUCAGUGUUAGCCUGUAAAUCUUUCAUUUUCCCUGAUUGGACUCCGUCCAUCGAUCCAUAACUGCGUCUGUCGCUUCGCUGUAGUAUUAUCCUUUUCCGAAAGGUUCCAAACGAACAGCGUUAUCUUAAAGCACAAGCUACUUAAAUGCAUGUCUCUCUCAGGUUCUAAUAUGUGCGUGAAAAUAAAAUGUGUGUAUAUAAUAUAUAGAUAUGUUUUAAAAAAAAUAUAGCUGAUUAUUUGCUGCUGAAACUGAAAUUGACGACGUCCAUCGAUGUGCCAGUGAAAAGGGAUGUGGUCUCCUCGUCUUUCCUUUGUACACGACUCUGCUGUUGGCUGUGACUGCUUAAUGUUUUAUUAUAUAGAACGUUUUAUAGAACAAUGUAGAAACAUGUAUCAUUAAUGUAAAGGCUAAAGCUCGCAGAGGAUGAAGCUGAUGGCGACUACAAAGAACAGCUAGACAAGUCAUGUGUAAAAUCUUAGAAUUUUGUACUGUAUUUAGUACUUCUAUUACUAACAAUUUCAAAAAUUGCGUUGCUAAAUCCAAACUGUUCUUUUUUAAUUUCAAGGCUUAUACAUGAUCCUUUUUCUAUGUGUUUUUUUCAAAUAAAUUGUCUAAAAUAAUUGCAAAAAAAAGGUUUGUUGGGUUAAAUUCCUGUUGGUCUUGACGUGUUUAAUGCUUGGGUUGUAUUCACCAUUACAGUCACUGUGGACCAGCUUGAGAGGGGGUCCGUACUUUACUAAUUACAUUUUCUGCAUCGUCAUGUUUUACUUUCCUACAUUCUUGCUUUUUUUUGUAUGAACACUGAAAGACAGGAUCCUAUACUUUCCAGUGAGUUUUGCAGAUAAUUAAAUUAUUGAUAGAGUGAAAUGCUGUAUGGGAACAUUAAAAUG